CUUGUGCAUACCAGAGUCAGGGAAAAACGGAUUCCUCUGAAAGUGUAAGACAUUUUGGGAUCACUGGAUCUCAGGUCUCUGUCUGACGAGCAGAUGAGUUUUGACAACAUUUCUCGCACUGGCUUUGCUGUAAACUGGGGGACGCGGGGGCGCGCUCGAGGGGGACGGAGCGCGCAGCCCCAGGAUCAAGUUACAGUCCCAGUCCCAUACUUUUCAAGGCAACAUUUUUUCCUCCAUCACAAAAGUGGGGGAUGGUGAACGCUAUUUGGUUUCUUCAAACUUUAGAGUAACGAAUACCGCAGCUGGGGUAAACUUUGUGCUGGAAUUUAAACCGCAACUUUUGUUUACAGCUUUCACGCACCGCGUUUGUACGAUGAAGAGAUUUUUAAUAGUAUGUGAGAGAGAAAGGAGGCAUAAAAAACUUUGGAAUCGGACGAAAAGACAUGUAGACAAUGUGGAAUCGCGAAUCUAGGAAAUACCCAAAUUGUGACUUGGUUUGAAACCUUCAAGCGCAUCGCGCACGAGCGGAGACCGACGGUUUGUUUGGAAACAUUUGAUGAAACAUCGCUACAUUGUUGGGUCUCCAAGAUGUCCUCCAAGCGCCUCUGCUCCAUUGUUGGAGGCUUUUGGAUGCUUUGGAUCUGGGCAGCAACCUCUAUAAUCGCCCAGGCUGUCAUCUUGCACCCAAAUGAAACGAUAUUCAACGACUUUUGUAAGAAAUCCACAACUUGUGAAGUAUUAAAAUACAAUACGUGCCUUGGUUCACCUUUGCCGUACACGCACACGUCUCUGAUUCUGGCUGAAGACUCAGAAACUCAAGAGGAAGCCUAUGAGAAAUUAGCCAUGUGGUCUGGGUUGAGAAAUGCUCCUCGCUGCUGGGCCGUCAUUCAACCAUUGCUGUGUGCCGUUUACAUGCCAAAAUGUGAAAAUGGAAAGGUCGAACUGCCCAGCCAGCACCUGUGCCAAGCUACACGCAAACCUUGCAGUAUUGUGGAGCGGGAGAGGGGCUGGCCCAACUUCCUCAAGUGUGAAAACAAGGAGCAGUUCCCUAAGGGUUGCCAGAAUGAGGUCCAGAAGAUCAAAUUCAACACUUCAGGACAGUGUGAGGCUCCCCUGGUCAAAACCGACAUCCAGGCAAGUUGGUACAAGGAUGUGGAAGGUUGUGGGAUCCAGUGCAACAAUCCACUGUUCACGGAAGAUGAGCACUCGGACAUGCAUAACUACAUUGCCAUCUUCGGCUCCAUCACUCUCCUAUGUACCUUCUUUACGCUGGCCACAUUUCUCGCCGACUGGAAGAAUUCCAACCGUUACCCCGCUGUGAUCCUCUUUUACGUCAACGCAUGUUUCUUUAUCGGAAGUAUUGGAUGGCUCGCUCAGUUCAUGGAUGGAGCCCGCAAAGAGAUUGUGUGCAAAAGCGACGACACUAUGCGGCUUGGAGAGCCGUCAUCCACCGAGACGCUGUCGUGCGUGAUUAUCUUCGUCAUUGUGUAUUAUUCGCUAAUGUCUGGAGUCAUUUGGUUUGUUAUGCUCACUUAUGCCUGGCACACAUCGUUCAAAGCCCUGGGAACCACCCAUCAGCCUCUCUUUGGAAAAACAUCAUAUUUUCACCUGGUCACAUGGUCUGUUCCUUUCAUUCUGACAGUUGCUAUAUUGGCCAUUGCAGAGGUGGAUGGAGAUUCGGUUAGUGGCAUUUGCUUUGUUGGCUAUAAGAACUACAGAUACCGUGCAGGGUUUGUUCUGGCUCCUAUCGGGGUGGUCCUUGUUGUUGGCGGCUAUUUCCUAAUAAGAGGGGUUAUGACAUUGUUUUCCAUUAAAAGUAACCAUCCGGGACUGCUCAGUGAAAAAGCUGCUAGUAAAAUCAAUGAAACAAUGCUGAGGCUUGGCAUAUUUGGAUUCUUGGCCUUUGGUUUUGUUUUAAUUACGUUUGGCUGCCAUUUCUAUGACUUUUUCAACCAAGCUGAGUGGGAAAAAAGCUUCAGGGAAUAUGUACUAUGUGAGGCGAAUGUCACCAUUGCUCACCAGACUAACAAGCCGAUCCCAGAGUGUGCCAUCAAGAACAGACCUAGUCUGCUGGUGGAGAAGAUCAACCUCUUCUCAAUGUUCGGCACAGGCGUCGCAAUGAGCACAUGGGUUUGGACGAAGGCCACCAUCCUUAUCUGGAAACGCACCUGGUUCAGAAUCAUUGGCCGAAGUGAUGAUGAGCCGAAACGCAUUAAGAAGAGUAAAAUGAUUGCCAAGGCAUUCUCAAAGAGAAAAGAACUGCAGAAGGAUCCAGAAAAAGAGCUGUCCUUCAGCAUGCACACCGUUUCUCAUGAGGGACCUGUGGCGGGUAUCAACUUUGACCUGAAUGAGCCAUCAAUUGAAAUGUCUUCUGCAUGGGCCCAACAUGUGACCAAGAUGGUGGCUAGAAGAGGGGCAAUUUUACCACAGGAUAUCUCUGUGACGCCCACUGGAACACCUGUUCCGCCUCCAGAGGAAAGAAACAAACUUUGGAUGGUUGAAGCAGAAAUUUCUCCUGAAAUGAUGAAAAGAAAGAAGAAGAAAAAGAGAAGGAAGGAAAUACGGCCAACAGGUCCUGCAGUAGACGAAGGGAAUCCUGCCUACCACCGAAGAGAGUUUGGUCCCAGCUCAGUCCCCCGUCUCCCAAAGCUUCCAGGUCACCGGAGUCUGGUGGCUAACCUUCGGGAGCAGCAGCGACAGCAGCAGGAGGAACGGGAUAUGCUACCUGGAGCAUUCCCAGAAUUCAGGCCUUCGUGUCCUCUUCCUUAUCAGGAGAGGUAUGGUGGUUUGGGAUACUUACACAAUAAACCCUCCAACCUCCCCCUUGUUAAUCCCCUGACUCUACGAGAUAGCAUGCAAGAUGGUUUGGGCGGCUUCCAGCAGUCAUCAUGGCAACCAAAUGGGGUUUUCCGGUACCUUGGGCAGGAGGCUUCCGCGAUGGAUUCUGGCAGGACUGCAGUUGUGCCACGGGUCGAUGGUAGGAGGGGUGUACCAAUACACUCCAGAACCAAUCUUAUGGAGGCUGAGCUAUUGGAUGCUGACUCAGAUUUUUAAAUUUUAGUAGAUGUUUGUGCAGUGAAAGGUGCUGGAUACUCAUGCUGAACAAUGAACUUGGAGCAGAAGUGGUUUUGAACUGCUGUGCUGGCUCUGCUUGUCUAAAGGAUAAUACUUUUUUAUGGAACUCUCAUGAAAAUAUGAAUUAUGAACUGGAUUUAUUAAACAUUAUUAAAGAGUCAUAAAGACAUUUGUGCCUUCGACAUGGAUUUUGUAACAUCCUACAUGUGGUGUUCAGUUUGCUAGCUGAGCUAAUAUGACAUAAUUUUGAUUUACAUAAUUCCCUUUCUUGGUUUGGAAACAGGUUAGUGUUUAAGGGGGCUUUAUUCAAAAAUGCCACAUUAUUGGGAUCUUAGCUUAAAGAGGAAUUGUGUAAUUUCUGCAGCACUGGAGUUACCAAACAGAAUCAUACAUUUUUUUUCCAGGUUUUCCAGUCUUUCAAUAAAAAAGAUAGACCCAUCCAGAAGACAUGCCAUUACCUGAGCCAGCGUUGCUCUGUUCGCGUAUUUGAAUAUGUUGCUUUGUUCAAAUAAUCUCUUGACCUGUAGGUGGCGCUGUCACCAAAUUUGGUAUUUGCCUUCAGAUCAUGAUACUGAUGAAGGUUACCAAGUUUGUUUUCAAGAGAUUAAAGCACUAAUCCAAUUUUGGGUCAACAUUGUUAACUUAAUCUCAAAAGGAUAGUUUGCCCAAAAAUGAAUAUUCUGACAGCACCUAAGGCUACGUUUAUGCUAGUGCCUUUUCAAUUUAAAACGGAUAACUUUUGCUACGGUUACGUCAGUCAUUUAUGCUACUCAAAAACUGAGAAUUUUGAAAAUGCUGCAGAUCCUGUUUUAGUUUGAAAACUUUGGGGUUGCGUUUCAGUGUAAAUGGAGCAAAAUGGAGACUUUUGAAAAUGAUGGUGUGGUUGCCCAAAUCCUCUCUGCAUAUCCUUGACGACCGUGUAAAAAAUAUCAUGCUCAUUGUUGUACACAUAUGAAUAUAUAAGUAGAUAGAUUCCCAAUUCGACCGCUCCAAGCACACAGACUAUGGUUAUAUUAUCAUAUCAUAUAGUUAUAUUAACCAUACUAUCUUAUGGUUGUGUCUGCAUGAAUGGUCAUGUGACAUAUAUUUUCGGUUGUGUAGUGUAGACAGAGAUAGUUUCUGAAACGCAGUAAGAACGCCAGUGUUGACAAGGAUCAUUUUAAUUUUUUAAUACUGAUUUAAAAUUGAAAUGUACUAGUGUAAACAUAGCCUAAGAUUAUAAAAUAUCUGUUGAAGUUGUUAUUUUUGUUUUCUUUGCACACAAAAAGUAUUCUCGUAGCUUUAGCUAAAACUAAGGCUGAAAAACUGAUACCACAUUUAUUAUUUUAAAGAUGUGCUUACUACCUUUCUGGACCCUGAACAUGGUUUUGCUUUGCUGUCUAUGCAGGGUCAGAAAGCUCUCGGAUUUCAUCAAAAAUAUCUUAAGUGUUUUGCAUUUGAACGAAGGUCUUACGGGUUUAAAACAACAUGAGGGUGAGUAACAAAUGACAGAAUUUUCAUUUUUGGUUGAACUAUUGUGUCAGUGUCGUUAUUAUAUUGAAUGGAGCCCAAAAAAAUAUUCAGUCACUUCAUUCACUCCUCUCAAUGAUCAUCUGGUCCAAAUUUGGUAAGAAUAUUUACUGUUUUCGAACAGGUUUUCCUGUCAGCCAUUGGUUAGUCUAAGAGUCAACAUGCUCAAAUAAACAUACAGUGUAUGAAACAGUGUACAGAUGGCUUAUUUAAAGUUGCCCCUACAUAUUAAACUGGGAUAGUAUAAAUUAAUAUUGAGUAACUUCAUAGUCCUUCAUAAUAACUUCAUAGUUUUUUCAUAGUGGGCCUACAGGCCAUUAUAUGACAUUUGGUAUGAAAAAUUUUACAAACAAAAAACACAAUCUGUACUAAAUCAGUUGAAAAAUCUCACAAUUAAACUUUCUUGGCCACACCUUGAGAAUGAACUUACAAAA